AUGGCGUGGGAACAUCUCUCAAUCACCCGCCCGCACCUGGUGUACAUAAUCCUGGGAGGCUUCACCAGCCUGUUCAUGUUAUGCUCCUCUGUAAUCAAGGAGCGCUUGUACAUUGGCGAGGCCACAGUCGCCACUCUCUGUGGCAUCAUCUUCGGUCCGCACGCCGCAAACCUCAUCAACCCGCUGGAAUGGGGCAACACAGACCUAAUCACGCUCGAGUUCUCCAGGAUCGUUCUGGUCGUACAAUGUUUCGCCGUCGGUGUCGAAUUGCCCAAAUCGUACAUGGAACGCCAUUGGAGGUCCGUGGUUCUUCUGCUGGUGCCUGUCAUGACUUUCGGCUGGCUCAUUACGAGUCUGUUCAUCUGGGGCCUCUUCAAGUCGCACGUGAACUGGCUGGAUAGUCUUUGCAUCGCUGCCUGUGUGACUGCCACCGAUCCCGUCUUGGCCUCCUCCGUUGUCGGUAAAGGCAAGUUUGCAAAACGAGUGCCAAAGCAUCUUCGUGAUCUGCUCUCCGCCGAGUCUGGCUGCAACGACGGCAUGGCCUUUCCUUUUGUCUAUCUGGCAAUAUAUCUGAUCCGCUACCGACCGGACACGAACGCGGUCGCCUUCCAUUGGUUCUGCUACACUGUCUUGUAUGAAUGUGUAUUUGGAGCCAUCUUUGGCGUGACGGUAGGUUACGCGGCCAGACGUGCUAUUCGAUAUGCGCACGAACGCGAUCUCAUUGAUCGUGAGAGCUUUCUCGUCUUCUACUUUGUUCUCGCGCUCUUCUGCGCCGGUGCUGGGAGCUUGCUUGGCAUGGACGACUUGCUGGUCGGCUUUGCUUGCGGGGUGGGCUUCAGUAACGACGGAUGGUUCACUGAAAAGACCGAAGAAGCGCACGUAUCCAACGUGAUCGAUCUACUCAUCAAUUUGGCCUUCUUCGUCUACUUUGGUACCAUCAUUCCGUGGGAGCAGUUCAAUUCGAGCAUCAUCGGUCUCUCGCCGUGGCGGCUGGUCGUGCUUGGCCUUUUGGUACUCUUCUUCCGUCGGAUCCCAAUCAUGCUGAUGCUCAAGCCUGCCAUUCCCGAUAUCAAGACCUGGCGCGAGUCUCUGUUCGCCGGCCACUUUGGUCCGAUUGGUGUUGGUGGUCUGUUUGUCGCCAUCCUGGCUCGUGCAGAGCUCGAGACGGAAGAGACGACGCCUUUGGCUCAAUUGCCUGAAGAAGGAUUUCCGCACCGGAACAUCAUCGAAAUGAUCUGGCCAAUCACGGUCUUCCUUGUCAUCGUAUCAAUUCUCGUCCAUGGCUCUUCAAUCGCUGUCUUCACUCUGGGAAAACACAUCAACACCUUGACCUUGACCAUGUCAUACACGCAAGCUGCUGAAGACGGACCAACCUGGAUGGACAGACUUCCUCGAAUUCAGUCACGCUCCAAGAGUAUGAUGUCAAGGUCCUCUUCCUUUGACGAAAAGGCAGCACCAGGCUCCCUCGGCCCUGUUGGGUUCCCUGGAAACUUCCUGCGGCGGCAGAAGGAAGAAGACAACCCAAGCAGGUCGAACAGUGUUCGUCCAACGAACAGGAGAAAGAAAUGGGACACGGGCCUUGGGCCUGGCGGACCCAUCAGCCAGUCUGCCAUUACGCCCCAGCGACCACGGCAGGAGGUAGAUCGCCAGGAAUCAGACGGUAUCACGUUGGCCAAUCAGGACUCUGACACCACAAAUGUUGCAACCGGUAGUUCUUCCAGGGAUGACUCUCUGGAGAAGAAGAAGGGCGGCGGCGACGAGCCCCAAGAGGAGAUAUAUCGCGAAGGCCACAACGACAUCAUCGAAGACGAAGAGGGCAAUGUGUUGGAAAUACGAGAUACCCGCGGAGAAUCAGCAGAGCAGUCGAAGCGAAGAGAUGAGCGCGAUGCUCGACGUCUGAUGAAAGAGGACGAUGUGCAACAUGGGGUCGCACAGACUGAGCACCAGCACAGACAUGGAGAUGACGAUGGUGAUGAUGGCGAUGAUGACGACAAUCAACAUACGGGCUGGCGCGGCCGCCUGGGGGGCUUGCGCCGCCGCGAAACGCACGGCGCGGACGAGGGUUCAGAGCAAACGAAGCAGCCCCCGAAACGCGGUGCCGCCCGCGCCUACCAAUUCGGCAACACUAUCAUUGUCGAAGACGAAGAUGGAGAGGUGCUCAAGAAGUACGACAUCCCGGCGCAGAAACGACCAGAGCAACCGGGCCGACAGGGCAGCUUUGUCGAUAGUAGCAAGUCCCGUCUCGCAAACAUGGGCCGUUACCUUGGCGUACCUCGCGCCAUCGACGAGAAUGCCGAAGCCGGACCCUCGUCGGGCACGUCGUCGAAGAAACGCACCAAGGACGAAGAGGACGACGACCACAUCCGGUUCCGGAUACACGCCGGCGGCCGCCGCAUGUCCAAGACGGAGUUCAUCCAGCAGAUCCAGCAACUCGAUCCCAAGUCGCGCGCUCAAGUUGUCGAAGACUCGAAUGCCCCGGAGGCCGUCAAGCGCGAGGCCCGCGCCGACGCCAGAGAGCAUGCCCAGCGCAAGAGAUCCGUUGCCACGGCAAAGAGCCGGACCACGGAGAUUGAGCGCGAGCACGGCGUCCAAGUCGAGUCGGAGCAGGACCAUGCCCUCUCUCGACAGAUCUCUCCUGGCGGCGGCGGCGACCAGUCCUCGGUCGAGUCGUCCCGUCCGGUACCCGCAUACAACAUCCGCGCAGACAUUGCGUCGCGCGCAGACAACAAAGAAACCGCCGCCCAGCGCCGUCGCCGCCUCGCCGGCACUCAGGGGAUCUCAUCCGCUGACAUGCCCAUCAACCCGGUGCCCACGGCCCCCAAAUCCGACGUGCCCCUCCUGACGAGCCAGAAAUCACACAUGGACGAAGGCGAGACGGCCGCGGAGCGCCGCCGCCGCGAGGGCGCGCUCGGCAUGACACACGAAGACUCGGACUCGGACAGCGCGUCCGACGACGACGAGGAGGAUGCUGAUGUAGAAGAAGAAGAAGAAGAUGAAGAAUCAGAAGCGCGCGGCAAGGACGUCGAAAAGGCAGUGCGCACGCCCGGCAUCCGGUUCGCGGACGUUCCCAGGACCGACGCCGCUGUCGGCGGUAAUGGUAAUGGUAGUAGUAGUAAUAAUAGUAAUACGCCCGCGGAGCCUGGAAGUGGUAGUGGAGGUGGUGGCGGAGGAGGAGAUAGGAGAAGCAUGGGCAGUGCGACGAGCGGCGCGGGAGAGCGCAGGAGCGGUACGGGGAGCAUGACUGGCACCGCCACCACGGGCAGGCUGCGGUGGGGCGCGAAUGUAGGCGCGCGGCCGGCGAGUAAGGGGAAGUAG